CUUUCCUCCGCGCAUCUCUCAUCUAUAUUAUUCACUGCUACCUUUUACAGAACUUAGUUAUCAUACACACAAACGCACUCCCUCUCUCUCUCUCUCUGUUAGUUUGCGUUACUAAUUAGCAACCAAUUAUAUAUCAUGAACAUGAAAAGCAGCAGCAGUACUAAGGAGAGGAUGAAGAAGAAGAUGAUGAUGAAGGGGUUCAUGUGUCAGUCUCAAGCAGCAACUGCGGUGUGCAUGUCUGAUGCUCGCUCAGUUAUCGUGCCACCGCCGACAAGACCAGCUGCAGCUACCAGUGUCCGCCACAAUCACAGUGCUGGCCAUGUGAAUUACAUGAUGAUGAGAAGAUCAACUAGUACUAAUAAUGGUGGCGGCGGUGGUCACUACUACGACUCCAGGCUCCUCGAUACUACUCCUCCAGCUCAUGGCCAUGAGACGUCCCACUACCACAGUCGCAGACGAAGCGCUGGUAGUACCAGCAGUAUUCUUAACCACCAAGAUCAGCGGCCAAUGUCAAAGUCGACCCGGAAACUACCAUCAUCUGAUCCAGAUUUACUACCACCGUCGUCAUCCGCCGACAAUGUCUUCCAGGUGGUUGUUAUGAGAGUUUCUAUUCAUUGCCAUGGAUGUGCUGGUAAAUUGAAGAAACAUCUCUCUAAAAUGGAAGGGGUUACAUCAUUCAGUAUAGACCUAGAGACAAAGAUGGUAACUGUUAGGGGACACGUUUCACCAGUUGGAGUAGUGGAGAGCAUUUCAAAAGUGAAGAAGGCAGAGUUAUUAACCGGUUGAAUCCCAUUCAAAGGUUACCCCAGACAGAAGGAAAAUGGGUCAAUUUUAAUAUAUGUCAUCAGCUUCUGUUUAAGGGUAACUACUCCAAGAGGUAGGUCUUCCAAAAAUAAAAAGACAUAAAUGUGGGUGCACAUUUUAUCAUGUGAGCUAUGGCCCUGUUGAUAUUGACAUGUUAUUUUUUUCUUUUUCAUUUUUUCCUUUUAUUUUCCUGGUCACGAAUUGAAAGUGAUGGUGAUGUACAAUGGUUUGACAAUCGAAGCACAAUUUGUACUGUUUCUUCA